AUGACACUUUCCAGUAGCGAGACCGACACCGCUGUUUCGGGGAUACAGCACCCCGUAUUGGUUGCCGUUGUCGUCAUCAUCAUCAGCACCGUGUUUUACAACUUCGCCACUGAAUUGGUGGGACCACGUGCAUGGAGCGGUUUCCCCAUCGUCGGCAAAGAGGAGGGAGAGUGGACGAACAAGGCUGCACAGAAGCGCUGGUUUACACAGAGCAGGAAACUAUUGAAGCAAGGACUGGACAAGUUCAGCGGCCCUUUCCAGAUCUUUAACCCCUCUGGAGCUCUCUUGGUCAUUCCCCCAAAGUACGCCGAUGAAAUUCGCAAUGAUGAGCGUCUCAGCUUCAAUGCCUUUAUGGAGAAGACUUUCUUCGUAGAAUACUCGGAAUUCUCAGCCUUCCAUGCCGUGACGCAGGGAGAAAUCAUGCAGGAGACAGUCCGUACGAAGUUGACGCAAGCCUUGGGCCACAUCACGAACGACCUCUCAAAAGAGAUGACGGAAAUCUGCAACGAUCUCCUUCCCCCGAACAAAGAAUGGCGCAAAACCAUGUUCUACGGCGUCGCCACCGAAAUCGCCGCCCGCAUGUCGGCCAAAGUCUUCCUGGGCGAGCCCCUGUGCCGCAACCGCUCUCUCGUCGACAUCUCGAUCGCCUUCACGCACGACGCCUUCAAGGCCAAGAUGUCGCUGGACCGCAUCCCCGCGCCGCUCCGCCCCUUCGCGCGCUACUGGCUGCCCGAGAUGGCGCGUGUGCGGAGCAUCCAGAAGACGAUGGCGCAACUCAUCGAGCCCGAGAUCCAGGCCCGCCGCGCGCGGCGCGCCGAAUUGGAAGCCGCGGGCAAACCCGUGCCCAAGCCGGCGGACUCGCUCGAGUGGAUGGACGCUGUCGCCCGCGGCCGCCCCUGGGACUUUGCUAACGCGCAGCUGCUGCUCAACUUUAAUGCUAUUCACACGACGUCGCUGACGCUGACGCACCUGCUGUUUGAUUUGGUUGCGGACCCGGCGUGCGUGGAUGCGCUGCGGAAGGAGAUAGUCGAGGUGCUGCGCGAGGACGGCGGCUGGAAGAAGACGAGCCUGUACAAGAUGAAGCUGCUGGACAGCUGCAUGAAGGAGAGCCAGAGGAUCAACGUCCAGAGUGCGCUCUUCAUGAACCGCGUCGCCACCGCCCCCGUCAAACUCUCCGACGGCACCAUCAUCCCCAAAGGCGCCACCACCGCCGUCCCGACCCUACACAUGCUCGACGACGAAUCCCGCUGGGGCGCGCGCCCGACCGAGUUCGACGGCCACCGCUUCCUGCGCAUGCGCGAGCAGCCCGGCAACGAGAACCGCUGGCAGUUCGUCACCACCAGCGCCGAGCACCUCGGCUUCGGCCACGGCAAGCACGCCUGCCCCGGGCGCUUCUUCGCCUCCAACGAGAUCAAGAUCGCCGUCGCGCACCUGCUGCUCAAGUACGACUGGCAGUUCGAGAACGGCGGUGGCAGGCCCAAGACGGUGGAUGAUGGGUCGGGCCAGAAUCUGCCGGAUGCGAAGGCGGCGGUGCAGUUUAGGGAGAGGACGCCGGAGAUUGAUAUCGAUUCGCUUUGA